AUGUUGGGACUGUCGAAAUCCUCCGACAAGGAGGAGGAUAAGUAUAUUGAAAACUGGUCGUUGAAGAGCGGGGACCCGGAAGCGGUGGUGCAACUUGAUCAGAACAAAAAAGAAAUUGGUUUUAUAUCUGCAACUUUUCUUUGUUUGAACCGUAUGCUCGGAGCUGGAGUUUUCUCUACCGGAUCUACUAUCUUUAUUCUUUCCGGAAGUGUGGGGACUUCGCUUAUUAUGUGGGCAGCCGGUUCCUUAAUUGCUUUUUCUGGAUUGUUGGUGUACAUGGAGUUGGGACUGGCUAUACCGAGAAACGGUGGAGAGAAAAAUUAUUUGGAGUAUAUCUACAAGAAGCCUCGAUUUUUCGUGACGGCGAUGUAUGCGUCAUACGUGUUCUUUUUGGGAUGGGCUGCGGGAAACUCGGUGGUGGUUGGUGAGUAUCUUCUCAAUGCUGCUGGAAAAGAAGUUACCCAAUGGAACUCUCGAGGAAUUGGAAUUGGAGUUAUCACAUUUGCUUUUUUGAUCAACGGGUUGCACGUGAAGACUGGUUUGUUUGUAGCAAAUGUGUUGGGAACGUUCAAAGUUGUGAUUGUGGUGUUAAUUUCCAUCACUGGCUGGGUCGCCUUGGGAGGAGGAAUCAAGAAUAAAGAUUUCCAUAAAACUCACAAUUUCUCAGAUGCGUUUCUGGGAACCACACCCAGAGGUUUUGGAAUCGUCAAUGCUUUGUACAAUGUGAUUUGGUCAUAUGUUGGAUACUCGAAUGUCAACUACGCAUUGGGUGAAGUCAAGAACCCAGUAAGAAUCUUGAAGAUUGCUGCUCCUUCUGCCUUUCUUUCGUUGGUGGUUCUCUACAUGUUUGUGAACAUUGCCUACUUUGCCGUGGUUCCCAAGGAGGAAAUCUCGCUGUCUGGUCGUAUUCUUGCGGCUUCUUUCUUCAAGUAUGCCUUUGGUGAUACCGCAGAAAAAGCUGCUUCGGUCUUUGUGGCUUUGUCUGCGUUGGGAAACGUCAUGUCUGUGAUCUUUUCCCAAGGAAGAAUCGUCCAGGCUCUCGGUCGUGAAGGUAGUCUUCCAUUUUCUCGUUUUUUUGCAACCUCCAAACCUUUCAGAUCUCCAUUUGUGGGUUUGUUUCAACAUUGGAUCGUCUGUAUUGUCACAAUCGUGGCUCCACCUCCAGGAGAUGCCUACAACUUCAUUCUCAACUUGAUUUCAUACCCAUUGAAUGUCGUCAAUACCGCAGUUGCAGCCGGUUUGUUAUACUUGAACUACCAAAAAUGGAAAGGGAAAGCUGAAUGGAAUCCUCCAAUCAAGGCAACUGUUCCAGUCGUUGCCUUCUUCUUCUUGUCGUCAUUGUACCUUAUCGUUGCUCCUUAUAUUCCACCUUCACAUGGACAAAGUGUCUACAAUAGUCUUCCAUACUGGAUUCAUCCAGUGGUUACUUGGGGUGUUUUUGGGGUUGGUUUCGUCUACUGGAUCUUCUGGGCUAAGGUAUUGCCCCAUCUCGGCGGAUACACCUUGGUGAGCAAAGAAGUUUUGGGAGAAGAUGGAUUUUGGCGCAACAAAUUUUACAAGCUUUCCAAUGAUGAAGACAUUUCUACAGAAGUCGAUGGUGCCGACGUCGUAAGCUAG